GUGGGGCCAGGGAAAGAUAAUUCAAUGGGUGAAGAGGGGCCGGGCGCUUCCUGGCAGCAAGCCCAGAAUUCCAGAUGGGUAGAAUAUUCCCUGGUCACGCCAGCCUACAAGAGUCGGUCCUCCAGUCUUUGGUGCCUGGUGAGUGCUCUGUCAUUCCCGGUCACAUGAUCUAUUUACUAAUAAUGCAUUGUUCAAACUGAGUCAUAGGUGGACCCUCAUAUUCUCGGUUACUGGUGAGGAAUUCAGCCUACUCCUCUCAUUACUUUGUCUAGUCACAGCAACCAAUCCCUACCUACCAUUUUUACUCACUGCAAGCACAGAAGGCCCCUUUCCACCCCUCUGUGUCCUCCAGUGAAUCAUGUGACAUUUCAAACCGCUGUCAGGUAAGUGUUGCCACACACCAAGAGCAAAAUGACAACACCGUAUAGGCUGGCCCCCAGAGAGAUCUUCCUUUUCUGGGACAAGUUUAGCAUUCUCUGACAAUAAUCUACACGUUAUCACACUGGCCUUGCUUCCGAGUGCCGUAACAAAUCCCGAGGGUGUCCAGCUCCGAUUGGGUUCCUGAGAGGGUAUUUGAGAGAAGGUAUCCCAAGAGACUGUUGCUGUGUGUGGGUCAACAUUCUUGCUCGCCUCAAGCUCUUGCAGCGCUGCAUGUGUGGGCAGCCUUACCCUGUGUCUUAAUUGGCUCCGUGUGCAGUCUUGGCCCUGUGCUUGGGAAUCCACACUGAUUUUAACCACCUCACUCGAAGUGAAUCUUCCGUACCCUCGUUAGCAUUUCAGCACUGGACAGGAUUUUAACUGGAGGCUGUGGCUGUUUCCUUCGAAUCUACCUUGGUGAAGUUUUCAAGUUUGUUUUAAUGCAUUUUAAAAGGACAGGCCCUUAAAGAGGAGAAAAUUAAAGAGGGAGAUGAAAAUACCCAUAGAGAGAAAAUGGGGAGCUCCCUGGCCUUAAACAGGUCACAUAAAGGAGAGCAGGAGUUACACAAGGCAGUAAAUGAUCGGAAGAGUUAUGCCUUGUUCGUUCAAAAAUGCUUUUUAAAAAUCCUCACUCGUCAUUAGUAAUUCUAACCUUAAUAACUCUGGAACUAGCUGCAUCUUUCCUAACAUCUACUAAAAUGAGAAGCUUAUAAUUCUCUACUAUGACCUGAGGGUUUGGCUCUGAACAUAAGCUAUACGAGUCUACGAAUGACACAGACAGUCCAAAUAUUCUUGUCUUAUUAAUCUGAUGAAAAGCGGGAACUUCUGAACAGCUGAGAAGCCUUUCAGCACAAGCAGGAGCCCCCAUGCUUUGGCCCUUUUGACUGUCUGUCACCAAAAGCCUUCAGUAGAGAAGAGGCAAGUCCCACCCCCACAGAGAGCAGCUUUUCAACUGGCAGAGGGUGUGUCCCUUAGCUUUUACCUGGGAGCAAUGAUGAUCUUGUCAAGCAUUUCACUGAGACCAGCCCAAGUUUUUAGGGUGGGGAUCCAGACUGGUUAUACGUACCUUCCCUCCUUCUCCCAGUGGAAGGCAGAAACACCUCAAAGCCUGCAUGUAAGAACAUCUACUGGGAAAUUAUUUUAAUCAGACACCAGCGGAGUAGGAGAAGGAAAAAAGGAAAAAGCAGAGAAGAGCAAACAAACUCCGUUGGCUGUGGAUGUAACAGAAGCCAGCUGCAGCGAUGGACUGGCACUCCUUCAGGAGAGCUGCCCUGCUGCUUGCUUUCCUGGUGGUGCUUGAAGUUAACAGUGAAUUUCAAAUCCAGGUAAGAGAUCAUAACGCCAAAAAUGGUACCAUCAAGUGGCAUUCCAUCAGAAGGCAGAAACGAGAAUGGAUCAAGUUCGCCGCAGCCUGUCGGGAAGGAGAAGACAACUCAAAAAGAAACCCAAUUGCCAAAAUUCAUUCAGAUUGUGCUGCAAACCAACCAGUGACAUACCGCAUCUCCGGAGUAGGAAUUGACCAACCACCUUAUGGAAUCUUCAUUAUUAAUCAGAAGACUGGCGAAAUCAAUAUAACAUCCAUUGUUGAUCGUGAAGUCACCCCCUUUUUCAUUAUCUACUGCCGAGCACUGAAUGCACAAGGUCAAGACCUGGAGAAUCCACUAGAGCUUAGAGUCAGGGUGAUGGAUAUAAAUGACAACCCUCCUGUGUUUUCAAUGACUACAUUUCUAGGACAAAUCGAGGAAAACUCUAACGCAAACACACUGGUAAUGAAGCUCAACGCUACCGACGCCGACGAGCCCAAUAACCUAAACUCACUCAUAGCCUUCAAGAUCGUAAGACAGGAGCCUUCCGAAGCACCAAUGUUCAUCAUCAACAGAAAAACUGGAGAAAUCAGAACGAUGAAUAAUUUUCUAGACAGAGAGCAAUACAGCCAGUAUUCUCUUGUGGUGAGAGGCUCAGACCGUGACGGUGGGGCAGACGGCAUGUCUGCAGAAUGCGAGUGCAGCAUCAGCAUCCUGGAUGUCAAUGACAACAUUCCGUACUUGGAUCAGUCAUCCUAUGACAUCAAAAUUGAAGAAAACGCACUGCACUCCAAUCUACAGCAGUUCAGAGUCAUUGAUUUGGAUGAAGAAUACUCGGACAACUGGAAGGCAGUCAUUUUCUUUGUCACUGGAAAUGAGGGAAAUUGGUUUGAAAUAGAAAUGAAUGAAAGAACAAAUGUAGGAACUCUGAAGGUUGUCAAGCCCCUAGAUUAUGAAGCCAUGCAGAAACUACAGCUUAGUAUUGGUGUUCGAAAUGUAGCUGAAUUCCACCAGUCAAUUCUUUCUCAAUAUACACUCACAGUGACUAUGAUCACUGUGAAGGUAUUGAAUGUCGUCGAGGGCUCUGUGUUCCGACCAGGUUCAAAGACAUUUGUGGUACAUAGUAGAAUGGACGCAAAUUACAGAGUGGGGGAGUUCACAGCUACAGACCUGGACACGGGUAUGACCUCCACCAAUGUUAGAUACGUAAUGGGAAACAACCCAGAGGGCCUGCUGGUUGUUGACUCAAAAACAGGCAUAAUAACUUUAAGAAACAGAGUUACUAUGGAACAAUACCAAAGGCUUAAUGGGAGAUAUGAAGGAACAAUGCUAUCAAUAGAUGAUUCCCUUCAGAGGACCUGCACUGGAACAAUCAUCAUUGAACUUGAUGGCACUGGCUGGGAAACAGGUGGUGGUGGUGGCGGUGGCGGUGGCGGUGGUGGUGACGGUGGCGGUGGUGGUGACGGUGGCGGUGGCGGUGGCAGUGGCAGCGGUGGUGAUGGCGGCGGUGGAGAUGGUGGUGGCCAAGUGACUAAUGGAUAUAAAGACACUUCCACUGAGGAACCGCAACGCACCACAUUAACAAGGGAUAUUGACAAUACUGACACUUACCAAGCCGACGAAGACAACGUUCACCUUGGUCCUGCCGGCAUCGGUCUGCUCAUCAUGGGGUUCCUAGUCUUAGGAUUGGUUCCAUUCUUGUUGAUCUGCUGUGAUUGUGGAGGAGCCCCUGGUGGUGGAGCUGGAUUCGAACCUGUUCCAGAAUGUUCUGAUGGAGCAAUUCACACUUGGGCCGUAGAAGGGCCACAGCCUGAACCCCAUGAUGGUAUAACCACCAUCUGUGUGCCACAAAUGCCACCUGGUAAUGCCAAUAUUAUAGAAUGUAUUGACAACUCAGGAGUUUAUACAAAUGAAUAUUGUGGCAGAGAAAUGCAAGAUCUGGGAGGAGGAGAAAGAACUACAGGAUUUGAACUGGUGGAUGGAGUUAAAACAUCAGCUGCACCUGAGAUAUGCCAAGAAUACUCAGGAACAUUAAGAAGAAAUUCAAUGAGAGAAUGUAGAGAUGGGGGCCUCAAUAUGAAUUUCAUGGAAAGUUACUUCUGCCAGAAGGCCUAUGCGUACGCGGAUGAAGAUGAAGGACGUCCUUCCAAUGACUGUUUGCUCAUCUAUGACAUCGAAGGCGCGGGGUCCCCUACAGGCUCUGUGGGCUGCUGCAGCUUCAUCGGGGAAGAUCUGGAUGAAAGCUUCCUUGAUACCUUGGGGCCCAAGUUUAAGAAGUUGGCCGAUAUCAGCCUAGGAAAAGAAAUAGACUCAUACCCAGAUCCCGAUCCUUCUUGGCCUCCUCAGAGCACUGAACCAAUUUGCCCCCAGCGUACAGAGCCCCUUGCUAGUGGACACCCACCCAUCUCCCCACAUUUUGGCACUACCACAGUAAUUUCUGAGAACACCUACCCCUCUGGCCCUGGCAUACAGCAUCCUAUGCAAAUUCCUGAUCCUCUGGGCUAUGGUAAUGUCACUGUGAGGGAGUCCUAUACCACCUCUGGCACUCUGAAACCCUCUGUCCACUUUCAUGAUAACCGACAGGCUUCAAAUGUGGUGGUGACAGAGAGGGUGGUGGGCCCCAUCUCUGGUGCUGAUUUGCAUGGGAUGUUAGAGAUACCCGACUUGAGAGAUGGAUCAAAUGUUAUAGUGACAGAAAGGGUAAUAGCACCAGGCUCAAGUCUACCCACCUCCCUAACCAUUCCUAACCCUCUAGAGACCUCAAAUGUAGUUGUGACAGAAAGAGUGAUCCAACCAACUUCUGGCAUGAUAGGCAACCUGAGCAUGCCCCCUGAGUUAUCAAGUGCCCACAACGUGAUUGUGACAGAGAGAGUGGUUUCUGGUGCCGGUGUAAGUGGAGUUACGGGCACCGCUGGAAUAGGUGGGGUUGGAGGCAUAGGCACCAUGAGUGCUGGUGGAGUAGGUGAUGGUGGCACCGGGAUGAGCAUGGGAGGGACAGCCACUAUUGGCCACAUGAGGAGUUCCUCUGACCAUCACUUUAGCCAGGCAGUUGGAUCUGCCUCCCCUAGCAUGGCUCGAAGUCGAAUCACAAAGUACAGUACAGUGCAAUAUACCAAGUAGUCAUGAUCCCAGAAUACAGUUCACCACUGUCUCUGUGAUUUACAUCCAACUCCUGCCCUCCAAAUCUAAGAGUGCAAUUUACGAUGCAGAGCAGGCUAUAGGAGACUGUGGAGUAAGGAAGAACCACAGUGACAGUAACACACGGUAACAUCACCGUGGAGAAGAGUGCUCCCUAGCAGUGGUAAUUUUUUUCUUAUAUUAGCACUAAGGAAAUAAUGACAGUGAACUUGAGGUACAAUCUUAUCUGUGGCUAUGUGAUCUACAGGGUUGUCUGUGUUUUUUAAUGUGUGCCCUGUAGGGUAUCACCAGCAUGUUGAAUAAAUAAAAUGUGGCUACAUAAAUGCACUGGCUUUAAGUGGCGAUUGGAAGAAUUCUUCUCGCUGUUCAGAAAUUAACCAAAACUGUUUCAAUGUGUAGCUUGAGCUCACACAGGUGAGGAAAAUCUGACAUUUCCUUCGCACGUGUCUUGUCUGUUUCACAGGUAAUACAAAUUAAAAAGCCCUCCCACAGAUUCAGGCUAAGGUUAAUAGAUUUCUAGCUACAUGGUUAUGUAUAUAACAUACCAGUUAUUCUUACUGUGGCCACACCUAAGCUCCAUUAGAUGGAAUCCUUUCCAGAUUUAUAAGUAUGUUCUAGGAGGAAAGCCCAUAGACAGGAACAAUACAGUGAGUCUCAUUUGGCACAGACUGAGCCUGGAUCUCAAGAUGUGGUUUUAGUUAAGUCUCCUGUGGAGUCGGGGACUUUCCUGGCUCCCAUGUGUUUCCUAUGUAUGACUUGAGGAACAGUGCUUACUGGGUGGAGAAGGGUAUCGUAAUCAUUUUUGCCUAUACCACUGUGGUUCAGGGGAAAGUUGUAAAUGGCAUGGCUGCCCUCACAAGUGUUAACUCUCCUCCCAAGUACAGACAAGACAGUAUUAUCUCUUCAGUAAGUCAUACCCGUUCCUGUGCAGCUCUUUAGUGAAUAAACCCAUAGUUAAGAUAAUGUACCUAAGUUGAGCUGUUGGGAAGAAGCUCGCAGUAUGGCUAAGCAUUGGGGCAAUUUUUCAAGGGGAUCUGGGGGGGGGGGCUGUUUUUAGAACAUGAAAACUGUCUUCAGUGGGAAAUGUUAGAAAAUAAUUGUUCAGUAAAGGAAAACUAUAUGAUUUAAUGAAGUUGAAAUUAGUGUCAUCCUUUGAAUGACUCUCUGAUGUCAUUUGGAAGUGAUUAACCAUGACCCUUUACCAGAAGUGGUGUUACUUUAGGAAAAAGUGAUGUAGAUACUAGGCUACUAGACAAGUCCUUUCCUUACCUAAAAUGUGUCAUCCACACAACUUGGAAGUUUCUCAUUUUGCUUUGUUAAUAAUCUCUUGGCUUCUAAGCAUUCUGACUUAAAGACAGUUUACAAGUUAUAGUGUGAUAUAUUUUUCUAGCUUCGAAAUUUAGUAAUGUGCUAUUUAUGAUGUGUUGUUUCUGUAUGUUUGCCAAUUGGUGUUCCCUGGUUUACAACCUCUCAGAAGAAUCGAAGCUUUCUAAGAAACAGGUACAUUUAUUAAUGCAGGGUAGUGGAAUCUUUUCUUGUUUUCAAAUUCACCAUUAAAAUAGGCUAAAGUAAAAUGCUGUGUUUAUAUGGCAUAUAAGAAUGGGGAAAAUACUAUCCCUGAGUUGUGAAUUGUAUACAACUUUUAAAGAUAUAUUCAUCACCUUACCAUCCAUUUCUCAGGGUGUCACAGAAUCACAGCAUUUAUCAAAGACCUAGGAGCAAUUGGUUGCUCCAGCAAGAGCUACUUUGUUCUAUAUGAGUGGAUACAGUGGAUAUUAAAGGCCACAAUAUGUCAAAUUUUAACUGUAUAGAACAUGUAAAGUUUUGCUAACAUGUAGCAAGCCAAAAUGCAGAGGUAUAAAUAAAGUCACUCAAAGGAGUCCUUCUUUUAUUGUGCUCGAAAAUUUAGGGUAAUGCAUUGAGGAUAUGGUUUGGUUUUUGAUUUUUCGCUUACUGGUUUCUUUUGCUUUUGGAGAUAACUCAAAAGGUAUUUGUUGAAAUAUACUUGAAGAUGCCUAGGUUUGGAAGUUUGAACAGAUAGAAAUAAUUAAUAUAGUUUUCCUUCUUUCUUUUUUCAUUCCUUCAUCCAAAGGAAAGUGUACUUUUGCCUUAGUGUGCUAUAACCUUGCUAUAUCUUUGCUUAGAUGUCUGAUGAAUCCCAAAUACUUUUUUCAUUGCCUAACAAGUGGUAAUAUGACGAUCUUUAAUAAAUGUGAUCAUCAUUCAUCAGUUAUAUAAGACCUGGGAAAAUAAAACUUUGAACGAAGA